GGUACAAGUGAGAUUGAUCUCCAACUCUUUGAUCAGAUCAUAGCUCGAUCCUAACUCUAGCUGCUAGUGAUUAUACGAAUAUUUAGUAAAUUCAAAGCUUUUUACAGGUUUUCCAACCAACUCGUGAUCUAUUAUGUAUAAGUUUUGUUAAAUUUUUUUGUUGUUUCUUUGCUUCAAUCACUUGCAAUUCGAAUGUAAAUAUUCGCAAAACUAUCAGCUCUAAUCCCAACCAACAUCAAUCAGAGUAGAGUCAAUCUUCUAAUAAGAAUUCAGUUAAAUAUUUCUAAAAGUUAUCAACCAUUGAAAUAGAGAAGUUUUAUGUUUAUUGUGAUUUUUUUCAAUUGUCAGCAUAAAAGUUAUGUCAAGCUAAAAAUCCGAUUUCAUCAAUAGCAAGAUUCUACCUGUUUGACCUGAUUGCAUUUGAUUUCAAUGCAAUACAAAGCAGCAAGUAUUAAUAAUGAUUCUUUUGCAGAUUCCCUCUGUACACCAGCGUGCUGUUUAGAAUCGUUAAUUUAAGUAUGAUUAGAGGCUGCAUCGAUCAUGGCGAGUCAUCUAUUUCACUCCAUUGACACUGAAAACUUUGUGAGUACAAUAAACUCAAUCAUCAUUUAAAAGACUCAAAGGCUAUAUGAGAAAACAAUCGUCAACGAAAUUAACUAAACAGUAAAAUAAAAUCUGGUUCUACUGCUGGACAAAAUGAAAUCCAAGUUUCAACUGUGAAAGCAAUUUCAUCAAAAACCUAAAAUCUGAGAUAGUUUUCAACUAUAAAUCCACAAAUGGCUCCAGUUAUUGGCAUAAUUCCACAGAUCAUGAAGCCACUCAGGGACACUGGUACUUGUCAAUAGUUGUUAAUAAUAUCGAUGAAGAAUUAUUAUGAAAUUUGAGAUCCUGGAUCAUGGUAAUGAAAAGUACUCUUGGUUCGAUCUUGUUUUUUGUCGUAAAUAAACUUACAAGUUGUUAUUUGUUUAAGGUGGGUGGGUUUCGAGGGAAAUAAAAUUGUAAUAAACAAUAAGUAAUAAUCAUGUUGAAUAGUUGAUUAAAUGAAUAAUAGAUAGAAUUCAACUGAUGGAAUGUUGGUCUUCAUUGAGAGCAUAAAUUGAUAGAAUUAAUGGAAUUUAAAGAUGAAAUAACUGAAUUUAUAUCCAUGUUCAAUCAUAUUUGUAGUUCCAAAUGUGGAGCUAAUUGAUACUAAAUUGUAUAAUAAUCUGAUUUUGACACAUUCUCACCUUAAUAUGAGAUUAAAACUUAGAUGAUCUUCUGACGCCCCUUUGCAUGUUAGUAAGUAAAUUGUUACAAUUUAAUUAAUUUCAGAUUCUUUUUGCUCAAAUGAAAUUAAAAGAGUGUUUGAAUUAGAUUAUUUCAUGGAAAAUUGAAUAUCGAAGCAACUUUUCUCAACUUCAACAUCCUAAAUCAACAAUUGAUUUGAAGAUGAAAAUCAAUCUCAAUUUUUCUUUUUAUCUUUGUUUUCUUUACUUAUUAAUAAUUAACUCAGUUCUUUGUGCAGAUUUCAAAUGCCCUGGGAGGGGUAAAGUGGGCGAAUUGAAAGUUCCGAAUGUUUUAAGUUUAAUUGAUAAACAAACUGGUUAUCGUUGUUCUGUUGAAGUCAUUAAUCCAACUCGAAAUAAUUUAAUCCAUGAUUAUUUUGAUGGGAAAAAUAAUGUUGGAUACAUUGACUUGGAAGCGACCAUUCAGGAUAAAAUGAAUCGCCGUUACUAUUAUCAUUCAACAGAAGAAAAGUUUGCAGUUGGAGAAGAUAAAUGUAAAAGAUUGGACUUGACACAAAAUGAAAAUAUCGAAUCGAUUAAAGAUUGGUUUGAACCAGCUGAUAUUGUCGCUAAUUCAGAGAUGUUUAAAGAUUUGGUGCACUUGGGACCAACAGUGUUGAUGAUCUAUGCCCAUAAUAUAAGUGACAAAGCUUCCUUCAUAGGAUCCAAACUGAUUGAAGGUCGUACUGUCAAUCAUUGGUUUUAUUGUACCAACCCUAAUGGACCUUACAUUGACUUUUACUUUGAUGUUAAGACCUCAUUACCUUAUCGGUUCUCGUUGUAUUAUCCCGAAUGGAUUGAGACUCAGGACGUCAUUUCAAUAAAUGAGACUCGAACAAUCAAAAAGCAAGUUGAUUCCGAGUCAAAAUAUAUUUACAACUUUUACAUGUUCAAACCGUUGGUCAUAUCUUCAGAUGAUCCAAUUCCUUAUCCAUUGGGUUAUGGAUGUAAGCGUAAAAAUAGCGAUUCUCAUGCUCCAUUACCAGAUUUUAGUAAAGUUAAAGAGUUUACUAUGGAUAUGGAAGCGAUAAUCACCUUUCCUGGCCGUGACCCUAUCAAAUCAACUGCUCGAGUAAUGAAACGAGGCGAUAUUUUUUCAUUCGAAAUCCAAGAAGAAACUAGUUUCGUUCGUUCAAUUGAAAUGCCAUAUCCUUUAGGGCGAUUUCAAGUAGAUGAGCACACUGGUCAAUGCCAUUAUUAUCCACCAGAUUUUUUUAAAUUUGUUAAACUGCUCACCAGUUUGCCUUUGAAUCAAGAUCUUGGCUUCAAUCUAUUGGAAUAUCUGGUAAUGAAACCACCUGAAGAUGAUUCACCAACUUUUAUUGGUGAUAUACCUUUAGGACCUUUUCGAGUGGAAGAAUACAGAGCAGCUGACUUCUUCUCGGAUAAAGUUAGUGCCAUCGUUGAUUAUUAUUAUACAAAAAAUGUUAGCGAUUAUGUUCCGAGUAAAGUAAUAUUUACCGCAGAUAGAAGUGAUUAUUAUUAUGAUUCCGUUGAUUCUCCAACUUCAAUUGUGGUAACCAUAAUUAAUUACGAAGAAACUUCCCUCGAUUAUGGAGAUCGAUUCGAUGUUUCUGGUUGCUAUGAAGAACCAGGAAGCUAUACUUGGUUUCAACUUCUCUUUUCAAAUCCUUCGAUGAGUGAAUUCAAUAUGCAAGCAAUUAAGGAAUCAACAGAAGAAUACUUGACUUCGUUCAUUCCAAUAACUCGCAUUGGUUUAAUUCAUGCACAACAAGUUGAUUCCAAUAUAUAUGUUACUGUUAAGCUACAUGAUCGUGUCCAUCUCAUUGAUGCUUAUGACCGUUCGAAUCAAAGUAAAAUUAUGAAUCCUUCAUAUAUUGUAAAAAAAUCUAAAGUAGAUGACUGUGAACAGUUGUGCAGUACAAAUCCAGUUUGCGAUGCUUUUAGUUAUUGUUUGGAUUAUGACUGCAUCGUUUUUACAACUAAAUAUUUAUUUUACGAGACAGAAUACAGUGAGGAAUGCGAUUUGUAUGCUAAAUAUGGUACGGUCAAAGUUGAAUCAUUGAUUAGCAAAAACUAUUUGUCGACGAUGUCACACGUAUUACAACAGAUAAGAAAUAAAGUCUCAUCAGGUGAAUUUCGCUUAGACAGAGUUGACCUAUCAGCUGAAGAUUUAUUCAUUGUGAGUGGACCUGCAGAGAUCAGUGACAUUUCCCAGGAACUACAUACAAGUGGUGUCAAUCCUUUAAGAGCUGAAGAUUUCCCGAUGAUCAAAACUGAUCGUCAUUUCAAUGAAGCACAAUUCAAGAUCGAGAAAAGUACUCUCCAAGAAUGUUUCAUGGCUUGUUUAAAUGACGAUGAUUGUAACACACUUUCAUAUUGUGUUAACCAGAAUAAGGAAUGUAUUCUGAGUGGAGAAACAUCGAGUUCAUUGAAAGACACACUUGAAGACAAAACGAGUCAUGCAGAUGGAUGCAACAUCUAUCAAAAAUCGUUUAUAAAUUUAUUCUAUGAAUAUCCUGGAAAAAGUCCUGUUCUAGAUGCCGUCUCAACAAUAAUUGAAGUCUCGAUUGUUGAUUGUGCUAAAACCUGUGCUCAAUCAAAUGAUUUCAAUUGUGAAUCAUUUGAUUAUUGCCAAGAUCGACGAAAUGAAUCUGUUUGUUUCUUACAUGUUAACCACGUUGAGAUAGAUAAAGUUCAUGAAAUAAAUGCAACAAACUGGAAGCUGGCUGAAGCUGGAUGUUGCCAUUAUUCAAAAAAAUCUGAACUCGAUUAUGAACAUAAAGCUGGACUUGCUUUGAAAGAUAACAUGAAAGAAUCAAUUGUUGGAGCCUUUGACCAUUUAUCACUAGAAGACUGUGCUUCCGAGUGCAAUAAAGAUCCCGAUUGUUUUACUUUCGAGUUUUGUGAAACAUUCGACUAUAAUCAAAUUUACGAAAGUAGUUUUUUAUCGACGAACUGUUCAUUGACAAACUUAAAACCAAAUAAUGUUAAUCAAACUGGACUAUUUGAAGAAUCGAAAAGCAACAACAAAAUUUGCUCAAUUUACAUAAACCACAAGAAAGUUACAGGAAAAAGCAAAACUGAUCCACAGCCAUCUUCAUCAAUAAUAACACCACAAACUAAUGCAAAUGAUUAUAAUUUAACAAUCGGAUUGGGAGCAAUUGUAUUCAUAAUGGCGUUUGCCAGUGGUUUCAUUGGAUUCAAAUUUUCUGCUAAAAAAGGAAUUAUUUCAUCAACUAACUUAUUGGAAAUCAAAAAUCAACAUCAGUUGAAAACUGAAGAUGAACAGUCAUGAUUUGUUCAUUCUUAAUAAGUAUUACGAUGAAGUAGUAAUAUGAUGCAUUUGUCAAACAUAAUAUUUUUACGUUUACUCUGUAAUGUAGUGUAACUCUUCAGCAUAACCUUUUGAUAAAAAAAUCGAGAAGCAAAAAUUCAUUUACACUGGAACUUCUGGUUUCUUCUAAUCGUUACCAUUGACCAUUAACUAACUGUGAACAAUUGAUUCAGUCAACAAUAUACCUUCAAUUUAUUCGUCAUCUCAUCGGCAAGCGAAAAGAUCAAGCUCUAGAAAUCUGCUAUUAUUGUGAUCUUGCUUUGUUAGACUUAAGGCUCUGUUGUUAAAUUAGUUUGCAGGAUGUUUAAAUCGCCAUUUUUGAUGUUUGAUGUAUCUAUGAGUCAAUUUUUUCAUUUUUGCUAAAUUAUCAAGAAACAAUUAGUCAAUUACUUAUUCCUAAAUAUUAAAGAUGAGAGGAAGCCAGAUGUACUGAAAAGAUCGGUAUUUUUGACUGCAAUUAUGGAUUGAAAUGGAAGCUCAUGUCUAGCCAAGAGAAAUGUGAAUAACUUGAAAACUAUUACUUCAAUUCAAUGCAUGAAUAGGUACAAAAAGAUACAAAAAUUACAUUCAUUGCAAGACACUUUGACAGGGAGACAUGAAAAUUUUGAAACCAAUGUCUCUCAUUGAUACAAGAACAAUAACUGAUGCAUUUUAUGAAUCAAAAUGAUGUUGCACAUGUGAAAUGCCUUGCAAAGUGAAUAACAAUAACAUUAGCCGUCAAUUUUGACUCGACCUCUUCCUUAUCGACGUAAUAAAUGUAGUUUUUGUAACUGUUUGUACUGAUUCACAUCUAGCUUACGCUCAUAUCCAACAUUUUGAAUAAUGAAUUGGUCACUUGUCUCUUGAUAAAAGAAACAAUUGACUCUCAGUCUCAUGGAACGAUCAAGAAAAAGGUGAUUUAAACAUGCUGCAAAUUCAUUUAAUAACAUGAUUAAAGGUUAGCUCAUCAGUUAUUGUUAUCU